AUGACUGAACACUCCGAUUCGCAGUUAUAUUAUUACAAGUUAAACCCUAUAUAUCAGUUAUAUACUUUCAAAUCUGAUAAAGGGCUAGCUAUAUGCACUAUUUCAGAUCAUUCAAUUCUAGCAACUAUAUUUAUAAAAGAUUUCAGUUUGGUUGUUGAUUUCUUUUGGGAUUCCAUUACAGGAAAAUUUUUAUUAUUUGCUUUUAAUGAUGGAUCAAUUAGAGUAUAUGACAUAUUUAAAUUAGGAAGAUUAGUUUCAUUUUUCAGAAGCCCUCUAAAGCAAAUUAAAUGUGUUUAUUGGGAUAGGAUAAUAAUUACAGAAACAUUAGAUCAACAGUUGAAGAUAUUUGAUUAUGAUUUGACUAACUCAAUGCCGACACUUGUAAAGUUUGUCAAAGAUCCACAAGGAUUGCAAUUGGUACCAGUUCUAAAGAAUACACAGGCUUGGCGGCAAAUUGAUGUUGAUCUAAACUUAAAAUUAGAGAAUAGUAAAACAGAGGUUUCGACAGAUGAUGUUCUGGACAUUCAUUUACUAUAUACAGAGAGUGGUAUGGAUAAUUUUGCUGUUUUGGUAAAUGGUGUAUACGACUUGUCUGAUAUUCAUGUUCCAAAUCGUUCCCCAAAUAAGGUAAUAAAGUUAGUCAAAGCCUCUCAAGGAAAAUACUUGGGAUUUUAUGAAAAUGCUUCCUACAGGUUAAUUGAUGUGACUCCAUUUUCUUCGAAUGAUAUUAGAGUGAAUCUAUUGAAUAAUUCUAUUGAUCUUCGUAACUCAGUCUCACUACUAAAAGAACAAAUCGAAAUAAUAAAAAAAGAAUUGAUAUCCCCAUUUGAAUCAUUCAUAAAUCUCGUUUGUGUCGAUGCAUAUGAAGGAUAUGACAAUUUAUACAGAUCAAUGACUAAUCUUUUAUUAACUGGAGAAAUUAGUGAAGAGUUUGAAGAUUGGUUAAUAAAUACCAUCGGAGAAAGAAAUUUACGAAAAUGGAAGAAUCUGGGGAUUGAAUUACUUGAUAAACUUGUUCAAAUACUCAGUUUGAUCUUUAUUCCAAUAACAGAAAAGUUUAUAAUAACUGCAGAAAGGAUUCAAAAUUAUAUUACUGCAAUGAGACUAUCAGAUAAUAGCAAAAUAUUAGAGAACGAUUCAGAGAUUAAUGAUUUGAUUUUGAACUUAUCAAACAUUCUAAAGACUUCGAUAAAGCAGAUCCCCAUUCUAAAUAAUGAUAAAAUGGCAUUUGAAAUUUUCAUUGACUGGAUUAGAAAUACUAUAUAUCUUAUCAUUGAUGAAAACUAUAAAAGUAAGCUUUCACUAAGCUCAAGUAAUUCAUAUCCUUUUGAUAUACAAAAAUAUAUUAAUCUUCAAUUUAAGGACCAUAAUAAAGCAAUUUUGACUGUCGUUGAUGAAUUUGAAACAUAUGCGAACAAAAUUUUAAUUGACCUUGAUAUGAUUGAUGAAAAAUUGAUUAAACCACAUUUGAAAACAUCUAUUAUAAUAAGUGAUAUUAUUGAUAAUACUUUACAAAACUCAAAUAAAAUCUUUGAAUCAUCGAAUUUGAAAGUUUUAGAUGUUUUAAGAAUCGAAGAGAAAAGUUGUUUUCUAUUUGUUGUCAAAGAAUUGCCUUUAAAUCACAAUAGUGAAAUAGCUACACAUAAUUACAAAAUUAUUUUAUCAUCUGAACCAAGAAUAGGAAACAAUCAUUCAGGAAAACCAUUAAUGAUUCCAGAAAAAUAUCAAAAUUUACUCUUCAAAGAGAUGAUUAUAAUUGAGCAUUUAUUUCAAAGAAAUGGAAAUACCACAUACUUAGAUUCCUCAACAAUGCUGAGAAGUCAGUUAGCCUUGAAUAAAUUCAAUGACGAUGAAUUUAAUCAAAACAGAAAUAAUACAACUAAAAUUUGUUUACUGUUAAAAUUUCAGAAGAAUGAUUUGUCUAAGGAAUUCGACUACGUUUACGGUAAAGUUUGCAUAGAAGUUGACCAACAUUUUAACAUAAUACAAUCCCCUGCGCCUUUUCAAAAUCAAGAUGUGUUGAUGUCUCUAGAGGUUCAGUUUGAAACGACAAAUUAA